UUGCAGACGGCGUGACGUGGGGCUGACUCGGUCAGCUGGCUCCUCCAUCAGAACGGCAGGGAGAGCCUCUCCCAAAGGGAGACAUCACCAUCAACGCCCGACGCAGCUUCACCGGCGGCCCGCCGGAAGAGGAGAAAAACAUGGGCGAAACGCGGCUAUAGUGGCGGAUCGGACUCCAGCGGCAGUCGGGAGACGCGGAUUAUUUAUUCACCUAUUUAUUAUUUAUUUAUUUCCCCCGCCAGUGUAAUGGCAGGGGUCCAUGGCUGCGGCUGCUGAGAAGCAGGUGCAACAUCAUCGUCGGAGGCUUUUCAUUUCCUCGGCAUGGGCUGGGAGAGGGCCGAACCCCGGGCUGGAUCACUCCGUGGGAGGGGGCCAAAGGCUGGGCCGCGGCUGGGGGGCAGAGCCUGCUAAAGACUACAAUUGAUAAACGCUCUGUGCAUAUCAGCGUAUUUUAACCAACAUGGCCCUUUUACAGCUCAAGGUUAUCCGCACACAGCAGCACGCGUAACCGGCGCAUCUGCAGAACAUGGAAUAAGCGCUUCCUGUAGCCUGUUGGAGGAAAGACUGAUUAAAUACCCUCUAUUUCCUACCCUGAGUGCUGACUGGAUCAUAACACUGACAGUCCAGCCUUACAGGCCUGAACAUUUUUUUUUUUUUUUUUGGCUUAUAUAGUCUUGUUUGGAUAAACAGAGUGCAGCUGCCAAGAUGAUGGAGAUAGACGAGGUGGUGUACCAGGACGACUACGGCUCCGGCACCGUGAUGUCGGAGCGGGUGUCGGGCCUGGCCAAUAGCAUCUACCGGGAGUUCGAGCGGCUCAUCCACAGCUACGACGAGGAGGUGGUGAAGGAGCUGAUGCCGCUGGUGGUCAACGUCCUGGAGAACCUGGACGCGGUGCUCACCGAGAACCAGGAGCACGAAGUGGAGCUGGAGCUGCUGAAGGAGGACAACGAGCAGCUCAUCACCCAGUACGAGCGGGAGAAAGCGCUGCGUAAGCAGGCGGAGGAGAAAUUUAUUGAAUUUGAGGACAGCCUGGAAGCAGACAAGAAGGAGCUGCAGAUACAGGUGGAGCUUUUGGAGCUUCAGGGGAAGCAGCUGGAGCUGAAGACGAAGAACUACUCUGACCAGAUCACUCGUCUUGAGGAGCGUGAAGCAGAGAUGAAGAAGGAGUAUAACGCUCUUCACCAGCGCCACACCGAGAUGAUCCAGACGUACGUGGAGCACAUAGAGCGGACCAAACUGCAGCAAGCAGGGAGCAACAGCCAAUCAGAAGGCCCCGGCUGUGGACGAACUCAACGCCACACAUGGAGGAAAAGCAAAGCGGAGCGCCCGCCGUCGCUGAGCCUGUACCCUGGUGGCGAGGGCAUGGUACGUGGGGGUCACGGGGGGGCUAGGAUGAUGCCCGGGAAAGACAUCUGGCAGGUCAGCGAGCUCGGCCGCUCCACCUUCAGCUCCGCCUCUCAGGAGGACGAAUCGGAGUCCGACUCGGUCGCAGCCACACCCAGCAGCACAGGAAGCAAGUCCAACACGCCCACCUCCUCCGUCCCCUCAGCCACCGUCACCCCCAUCAACGAGGGCUUCCCCCCGCACUACGACUUCGACAUGAUGCGCACCGGGAACCGCAGGAAAGGCGCCAAGCGUCUCAGUCGCAACAUGGAGGUGCAGGUUUCCCAGGAAACCAGGAACGUGAGCAUCGGUAUGGGAAGCAGCGACGAAUGGUCCGAAUUUCAGGAAAUAAUCGACUCCACCCCAGAGCUGGAGAUGGGAAUGGACUCCAGGGUGUAUGGAGGUGGAAACAGUCCUUCUCAAGGGAUUGUUAAUGAGGCAUUUGGCAUCAACACGGACUCACUGUACCACGAGAUCAAAGACGCAAAGUCGGACAUCAUCGGAGACGUUGACGCCGGCGCAGAGCUGCUGGGCGAGUUUUCAGGGAUGGGAAAGGAGGUGGAGAAUCUUCUGACGGAGAACAAACAGCUUCUAGAGACCAAAAACGCUCUGAACAUUGUAAAAAACGACCUUAUCGCCAAAGUGGACGAGCUGUCGAGUGAGCAGGAGGUGCUGAAGGAGGAGCUGGAGGCGGUGAGGCAGUCCAAGAACAAGGUGGACGCCAGAAUCAAGGAGCUGGAGGAAGAAAUCAAGAGGUUAAGAGCGGAAGCAUCCCGGGACUCCAAAGACGAAGUUGGCGAUGAUUUUUCGUCGCCCAUGCAGGACGGGGACAUGUCGAUGACCCAGCGGCGCCGCUUCACUCGGGUGGAGAUGGCCCGUGUGCUGAUGGAGCGGAACCAGUACAAAGAGAGGCUGAUGGAGCUGCAGGAGGCGGUGCGAUGGACAGAGAUGAUCAGGGCUUCCAGGGAGAGUCCUCCCAUCCAGGAGAAGAAGAAGUCCACCAUCUGGCAGUUCUUUGCACGCCUCUUCAGCUCAUCGUCCAGCCCUCCGCCCGUCAAGCGCCCGUACUCCAGCGUCAACAUCCACUACAAGUCGCCCUCGCCGGCGUUCAACCAGCGGCGCAGCCACACCAUGUGCCAGAUCUCCACCUCCAACCGCACGCUGGAGUUCUUCCCUGAAGAACUGGCCAGUAACGGUGUUGCGUCUCUCCUCAGUGACUCGGCGCUGAUGGCGCGCCGAGAGCAGCGGCGUGAGCAGUACAGGCAGGUGCGAGAGCACAUGCGCCGUGACGACGGCAUCAUGCAGGCCUGUGGCUGGAGCGUGCCAUCUCGCCUCAAGCAGACUGGCGGUCAGACGGACGGCGCUAAGGACAGCCCGCUGAAGAGACAACAGACCAAUGAGAAGGAGGAUAACCGCAUGAAGAAUGUGCCUGUUCCGGUGUACUGUCGCCCCCUGGUGGAGAAAGACCCCAACAGGAAGUUGUGGUGCGCAGCAGGAGUCGACCUGACAGGAUGGAGAGUUAGCAGCCAGGAGGUGGCGCCACCCAAAGCACCACCGGGCAGCGGUGACCCCCUGCAGACUGAGGAGGACCGAGUGGACAAGAAGAACACGUCACCAGAGAAGAGGAAGUCUAAGGACCUCCAGGAGACAGACAGCAUGAACAGUCGAGUGUGGAUCCUCACCAGCACCCACUCUGCCAGCAAAGUGGUCAUCAUCGACGCCAACCAGCCUGGCUCUCUGGUCGACCAGUUCAACGUCUGCAACGCACACGUGCUCUGCAUCUCCAGUGUGCCAGCUGCAAGCGAGAGUGAUUAUCCAGCAGGAGAAAUCGUGUUGGAUCCAGGUGAUGGAGGAGCAGGAGGAGGAGAUGACAUGGGCGGCGUGGAGGGCAUGUUGGCUGGCAUCACGCUGGUUGGCUGUGCCACGAACUGCAGCGUUGCCCGUAGCAACUGUUCCUCGCGUACGGACACGCCCAUAGUGGACAAAGGACAAGCCCCCGCCGCUCCCCCCACGAACGGGAAGAUUCACCCCGCCCAGUCGACCGAGGAAGCCACGGAGGCCACGGAGGUUUCCGAAUCCACGGCCAGCCACGCGGAGAUGGGGUCCGGACGCCCGGGGCCCUUCACCGAGCACGUCUUCACCGAUCCUCAGCCUCGUCCGGCGGACGACAGGAGCGCGGGCCAGUCCAAAGAGGAGUCGUCUCAGCCCACAGAGUCUGAGGAAGGAGGGGAAGAAACCAAAAACUACACCAGCGUGGCCCCCACCAUGUGGCUCGGGGCGCAGAAUGGCUGGCUUUAUGUCCACUCUGCCGUCGGAAACUGGAAGAAGUGUCUCCACUCCAUCAAACUCAAAGACUCGGUUCUCAGUCUGGUGCACGUGAAAGGUCGUGUGCUGGUCGCCCUCGCCGACGGGACGCUCGCCAUAUUCCACCGAUCAGAAGACGGCCUGUGGGACCUGUCCAACUACCACCUCAUGGACCUUGGCCGGCCUCAUCACUCCAUCCGCUGCAUGGCGGUCGUCCACGACAAGGUCUGGUGCGGCUACAAGAACAAGAUUCAUGUCAUUCAGCCCAAAAGCAUGCAGAUCGAGAAGUCGUUCGACGCCCACCCCCGGAGGGAGAGCCAGGUGCGGCAGCUGGCCUGGAUCGGAGACGGCGUGUGGGUCUCGAUCCGUUUAGACUCCACCCUGCGUCUGUACCACGCGCACACGCACCAGCACCUUCAGGACGUGGACAUUGAGCCAUACGUCAGCAAAAUGUUGGGUACUGGCAAGCUGGGCUUCUCAUUUGUGCGGAUCACGGCCCUGCUGAUUGGUGGAAACCGCCUCUGGGUGGGGACAGGAAACGGCGUGAUCAUCUCCAUCCCGCUGACAGAGACGGUGGUUCUUCACCGGGGACAGCUGCUGGGGUUGAGGGCCAAUAAAGUGUCUCCUACGUCCUCCGGCGGUGUGAUCCAUGUGUACGGCGAUGACAGCUCUGAGAAGAGCACCGGCAGCUUCAUCCCCUACUGCUCCAUGGCCCAAGCGCAGCUGUGUUUCCAUGGACACCGAGAUGCUGUCAAGUUCUUCGUAUCCGUACCAGGCAAUGUUUUGGCCACCUUAAACGGCAGCGUUCUGGACAGUCCUUCCGAAGGUCAGAGCACCGCAGCGCCCACAGAGACGGAGGCGCAGAGCGUUCAGAACGUGCUGGUGCUGAGCGGAGGAGAGGGAUACAUCGACUUCCGCAUAGGUGAUGGGGAGGAUGAUGAGACGGAGGAAGGUGACAGUGGCGGUGGGGCUUCGCAGAUGAAACCUGCUUUGAGCAAAGCUGAGCGAAGCCACAUCAUCGUCUGGCAGGUCUCCUACGUGCCAGAGUGACGCCUAAAUCUGCUUUAGCAGUACACCCGAACAUCUUACUGAAGAAAUCUCCCUCUCUCCUCCCCCGCACCCCCAGAAGCUUCAAGCCACUAAAACUUUGUAAUUAUUCCCCGGUCAUGUAAAAGUUCCCUUCUGGCUCUGAAAAAGAAUAAACCCUUCAAGCUGCGCAUCUUUCCUUGUAACUAUUAAACACCCCGCCCUGACCCCUUCACCUUUUAACUUUAAUGCCUUGUAAGUACCUCCUUUGACCUAGUUAUCUGCUUGCCAUCCUGUGUCUGUCCCCCACAGGGCCUUGUAAACAUCAUAAUAAGCCUUGUAACUACCUCCCUCCUCUGUAACCAUCAAAUACUCACUCUGUAAGCACACCUUAUCUCCGAUAUUCAGUCUCGGUUGCAUCGGGCCCAGAGCUCCUAAUAAUUUUUGCCAUUAAGUUCGCUAUCUAUGGAAACUUAAAUCUAAAAACAAAAACAAGAAAGGGGAGCAACAGAUACAGCAAUGUGAUGGGAGAUGAAGUUGCAUUUUCAAAAAACAACAACAAAAUAAGAGUACAUUUUACAGUUCUUAUGCAAUGAUAUAAGUUAAAGUAAAAUACAUUUGGUCCCAGUGAAAGUAAAUGUUGAAUAAGUUGAGAAAUUACAUUUCUUUUCCCCCUUAAAAUGCUUUACAGCCUGCUGGUUAGGUCCCGAUUGAAAACAUGCAGCGCCUUGAAAAACUAUUCUUGCUCCUUGAAGCUCUCUACAUCUUGUCAUGUUACGACCAUAAAUGUAUUUUAUUGGAAUUUUACAUGAUGAAGCAACAAAUUCAUUUGAAGGUUUCAGAGUAAAAAGGGGGAGUUAAUGCAAAUCCACUGCAAACAUUUAGGAUUUUAUCAUUAGUAACUCAUUAUUUAGCCUCUCAUCCAUCUUGUGUCUAACUUUAGGUGAUUCUUCCCUGUCUGUGCUAAACAAAAGCAUCCACCUCGCAGCAUGACGCUGCCACCACCAUGUUUCACUGUGGGUAUGGUGCUUUCAGGGUGACAUGCAACAUUAGUUUACAACAAAACAGCUGUAAUUUUAUAAAGAAAAUUAAAAACACACACAAGUGAAUUCUCUCUACUAAUCAAGUGGUGUUUAUCAGGAUUUAUAUCACGGAUUAUCAGAGUAAAAGGUGCUAAAUACAAAUACAUGCCUCUCAUUUCAAUUGCGUUAAAGUUUAUGGAUGUAACGUGACAAAAUGUGGACUGGUUAGUAAUUUUUCAAGGCACAGACGUGUUCAGUGAGAAAAAUCCUGGAAAUAAUGUGGUGCAGCCGCAGCAGUCUGAGACAGGUGAAAGGUCAGACCGUUUCCACAUCCAAUCAGACUGGUAGUUUAAUAUUUCGGUUCCUAAAAGAUUUCCCUCUUUGAUUGGCUGUGGAUCAGAUGCUUUGGUGUGAAGCAGGUAAACAGUGGCAUGCUGUUAUUUUAUGUACAGGGAUAACUGUAAAUGUCCAGAUGCACUGAAGCCCAUCCUCUUUGUUCAGUAUGGAAACUCGUGCAUUGAUCUCUAUCUGUGGAUUAAAUAUUAAAACAUAUUUGUGUGCCGAAA